UUUAAAAAGUCUAGAACAAGCCCGGAGUACUUUUUUUUUCUCUCUCUUCUUGUUCCCCUCCCAGCCGAGCGUCCGAUUGCCAAUCACGCGCACACACACACAGGCGCGCACACGCACGCACACACACAUGUUACGGUCUUGAUUUCAACGAAAGUAUUGAGAAAGAGAAAAAAAAGGAGAGAGAAAAGCGCCAUGCGGUGUUAAACGGCCGGACUCGCACGCACGCGUCCACACUCGCGCACAAAGACAGAGGAACCGGAGACGCACGCGCUCCUGCGUCCGCGCGCGAGACCGGCGUCACUUUGACAAAUAAAUCGGCGGCCGCUCGCGAAGCCUUUUCUCCGCUUUUGAAGAAUUAAAUAAAGAAAUCACGCUGGCUCACGCUGUCCCGAACCCGACCACUCUGACAGCUGCUCUUCACCCCCUUUGGAGGACUGUCAACAGCAAAAGGAUGGCAUCAGAACUGGCAAUGAGCAGCUCCGACCUGCCCACCAGUCCCCUGGCCAUGGAAUAUGUUAAUGACUUCGAUCUGAUGAAGUUUGAAGUGAAAAAGGAGCCGGUGGAGCCCGAUCGCAGCAUCAGCCAGUGCAGCCGCCUGAUCGCCGGGGGAUCCCUGUCUUCCACCCCGAUGAGCACGCCUUGCAGCUCGGUUCCCCCUUCCCCAAGCUUCUCGGCGCCCAGCCCGGGCUCCGGGAGCGAGCAGAAGGCGCACCUGGAGGAUUUUUACUGGAUGACCGGCUACCAACAGCAGCUCAACCCGGAGGCUUUGGGCUUCAGCCCCGAGGACGCGGUGGAGGCGCUGAUCAGCAGCAGUCACCAGCUCCAGAGCUUCGACGGCUAUGCGCGCGGGCAGCAGUUCGGCGGCGCGGCGGGCGCGGGAGGCGCGAUGGCCGGCGAGGAGAUGGGCUCGGCCGCCGCGGUGGUGUCCGCGGUGAUCGCCGCCGCCGCCGCGCAGAACGGAGCGCCGCAUCACCACCACCAUCACCACCACCACCACCCUGGCGGGCACCACCACCACCACGCGGCGCCCGGCGCGCAGUCCAACGGCGCGUCAGCCGGACACCCGGGACACAUGCACCUGGACGACCGCUUCUCGGACGAGCAGCUGGUGACCAUGUCGGUGCGCGAGCUCAACCGCCAGCUGCGCGGCGUCAGCAAGGAGGAGGUGAUCCGGCUCAAGCAGAAGAGGAGAACCCUGAAAAACCGAGGCUACGCGCAGUCGUGCCGCUACAAGCGCGUGCAGCAGAGGCACGUGCUGGAGGGCGAGAAGACCCAGCUGAUGCAGCAGGUGGACCACCUCAAGCAGGAGAUCUCCAGACUGGUGCGCGAGCGCGACGCGUACAAGGAGAAAUACGAGAAGCUGAUCAGCAGCGGCUUCCGAGAAAACGGCUCCAGCAGCGACAACAACCCGUCGUCCCCGGAGUUUUUCAUGACAUCGCGAAAGUUUCUACACCUGUGAUGCGACCUCUGACCCCUGCCCUUUGCCCCUGCAGUCUGAGACAGUGUAACACUGGAACGCUUCUGGCUUAGGGUGACCCACGGCUCCAAGACUGCCACAAAGCACAACCUCUCCAAAAUCAACCCCUGAAGAAGACCACGGUGAGGAGGAGGAAGAUGAUCGGGAGAAAUCACAAACCCUUUAUCAACCUGAGUGCCAUUCCUCAGCCUUACCCACAAUCCCCUUUUAGCGACUCUACCCACGAUUUCAAGUCAGAUGUCUCGCUCGCGACGAAAAGCAAAUUAGGAAACAUCCCUGCAUGUUUGAUGAUGCAAUCUGGACAAUAAAAAGGAACUUCCUCCAGAUAUUUCCGCUGACGGCCCUCGUACCAGAUGCUGUUU